UUUUAGGGCAAAUGUUUAAUAUUUUCAAAUUAAAAUUAUAAGGUGUUCUUCUUAAAACUUUACAUUCUGUUUGCAACAUGGUGACACAUAAUCCCCGGAUAGAAAGACGCAGUUGAAAACGGAGAAAGCCUGAAAGCUUCUGUUGGUUUGAGGAAACGCCAGCACAUUCAGAUGCUUUCACAUUUGCAGCCUGAACUUCUGGUUCUUCAGAUUAGACCUGCGACACUUUCACUUCCUCCUCUUCUACCGGAGUGAUCAUUUCCUCAUUCAGCCUGAAGCACCGCCGAGCUCCAGUAUGAAGGACGGAUCCGGGCCAGCAGAACGGGCCGCGCUGUCCCGGCGGGAACUCUACGAGGAUUACGUUAGGAGUUACCCGCAGCUGUACGCGGAGAUCCGGCCGUGUGGAGACGUCCGCCUCCUGGAGAGAGCAGCCCAGUAUCUGCGGGGGGAACCGGACCUCAGACGAUGUUUCACCGUCUUCCCCUUCUAUGAGGCGCUGACCGAACGGCAGGGGCACCAGAGCGCCAACUGCAGGAAGCACCUGGAGGCAGUCAUCCGAAGUGUGGAGCUCCUGGAGACGGUGUGCGUAAACCUGCGGGUGCAGCCGUGGAGGAAGGAGAUCCGUCACAUUAAGACCUUCACGGGCCCGUUUGUCUACUGUCUCCUGGGAGUCUUCAGCAGGUCUACCCUGCAGUCAAUCCUGGCCUUUCUUGGCUACCUGCCCCACAAUGAAGAGGAAUUCCGACUGAACAUGGAGGUCAGCUCAGAUGCAGCCCUGGUGCUGGGCUUUGAGCUGCUCCUGGCCAGGAUGGAAUGUCGUCUUCUGUUAGAGCUCCUGGUCAAAGAUCAGCCGGGACCACAGGACUGGUUAGAUGUUCUCCAAAGAGUUCAGCCCACAAAACCUCUGGAAGAAGAAAAGAAGAACACAUCAGAGCAGAAGAAGGAAGAGAAGCUCAGUGAUAAAAACGAGGCAUCCAAGAUCUUGAACAGCUGGCCCUUAAAACCUCAGCAGAAGUUUCCGCGCUACUGUCUCGGUGCAGAUCAGUCAAUAAUGGAGAUGCAGAGAACCUAUCCCGACCUUGCCUUUAGGGGGCGCCCUCUGCAUCAGGAACAGCUUCACAAGAAAUCACUUUGCCUUUCUGAGAGAUCUGAGGGAGAUGCUGCUGUGGUCCUCAGCCGAGAGGAUGUUGGUGAGACAGACAAAGACAUGAACAGUGGUGAGAUUUGCAUAGGUGGGGCCACCCUCCCACCAGACUCAACUGGCAGCAACGGGAAUGAAGAAAGAGUGGAUGAGGCAAUCAGUGACACUCCAGCCAUCUCCUUGCACAUCACCCUGAGAGCUGGGCAGCCAACAAACACAGGCUCCAGGUUGGACAGACCUUGCUUCUCUGCAGAGCUCCCUGCAAGGGUGCAGCAGCGGCCAGACCGACAAAGGGACAGGAGGAUGAAAGCAGCUCUUCAAACCUUGUGCUCCUCAGAUGAAGAUGAGAGGGACUUCAGGGAGUUGGUGAAGAAGAUGGAUCAGCCCACAGAGGAGAAGAGGAGGGAGGACCAUCCAGUUAAAGACAGGAGGCUCGGAGAGGGGAAGUCCAGCUCAGAGGAAAGCCUCCUGGAAUCUGCCCCAUCUGCUUGCAGACUGCAGCCACAGCAGAACCUGAUCACUGCAGGGCGGCAUGCAGGUUUAAGGAAUCCAUUGGACUUUGUGCAGGGAGCAGCAGAAAAGUUGGCGGGUCAGGAGGAAAAAGAGUGCAUAGUUUUUCUAUAGUUUUACAUUAAGAUCUGGGCUGCCACAAUUAGUCGACUAAUCGUCUAUUAAAAGUCGAUUAAUUGACUAAUUUAAUAGUCAAUUAGUCGUUACUUUAUUUUAUAAGGAGCCAGAGUGUAGUAAAGUUGAACAAAUUUGU